CCUACCUAAGCUUGCUCGACUUCGCGACAAUUUUCCGGUGAUCGCCUGACAGCGUUCUUAGAAGACAGGCAAAUAUGAGUGUUCCACGCGCAAGGUUGUUGGACCUGAUGAGGGCCCAAUGCGAAGUCUUUGCAACAACAUUUAACCCGGAGGGAUUGCGAACGGGAAACAAGAUCCUGCGCCAACGCCUGAAGGGACCUUCUCUCGCAUCCUACUACCCGCGCAAGGUGCUCACCAUCAAAGACGUCCAGAGGGAAUUUGGCCCUGAACUCACGACCUACGACGAGGAAGAGGUGGACCGGUUGGAGCAUAUUGCUGGUCUGAAGGCAAGAGGCAAGAGUGCGCCCAAGAAGCUGAAAUCGAAGCCUGCGCCAAAGAGGAAAUGAGAACCUUCUGCGAGACCGUCUGUACGAUACGAUGUGCAACUACUGAAUGAAUCGCCGGACCCAUAUCCGCCAAAUUACCCUGUAAACGGAGGUGCUGGAUAGCUUCUGUCUAUCCCCCAAAAUCAAAGCGGUUUUCCGUCUCGACGACUAUGGUGCGGUAUAUGGACAUGUUAGAAACCACGAACCCCCCCCCUGGAGAGACGGUGCUGCGGCUCACGGCCAGGAGGCGGUUUAGAGAAGGAUGUUUGUAGACAGGGCAUCCGGUGUAAAAAAUAACAUGGAGUAUGUCAAUGCUAAAAAAUCACAAGCAUGCUAUGGAUUGCGCAGGCUUGUUCGGAAGUAUCUUUUUGGGUCCCGAUUUCAAAACUUGCGACUGGCUGAUAUUCGUGGUGUAAUGUGGUCGAUUCUUCUUGGCUGCAUCUAGCUAGUUGAUUGAUUGAUAAGAAGGCAAACACUCUCUUUCCGAUAUUAACCUCAAAC